UGGAGCAAAAGCAAAUUAAAAACAAUCUAUAUUUUAAAGGAAACAUUAACAAAUGGUACUCCAAAAUACUGGGAAAUAUCGAUCUGACAAAGAAGAGCCUAAUAAGCGAGAUGCAGGCACAUCUUCGAGCUCACGCGAGGAAUCUUCCGAAUCCCGGAUCCGUGUCGCGCUGGAGAAUGAUAGAAUCGAUUCCAAGUAUGGCUUCGACAGAGUACGCGAUACCAAAGAGCGAACAGGUUACCUGAUCAACAUGCACACGGCUGAAGUCCUAGAUGAAGACAAGCGUUUGGUCGCAGCCAUGGACUACUACUUCAUAGAGAUGGACGGCAGCCGGUUCAAGAUCUCCCUGACAUUCCAGCCAUACUUCCUCCUGCUUGCCCGUAAGGAGUGCGAGCAGGAAGUCAUACAGUACCUGUCCAAAAAGUUUGCUGGCACCAUUCAUAAAAUAGAAGUUAUUGAGAAAGAAGAUUUGGAUUUGCUAAAUCACCUCUCAGGGCUCAAGCAGCGUUACCUGAAGCUUUCUUUCAUGUCACAAAACGAGAUGAUGAAAGUGCGGCGCGAGGUCCUGACGGCUGUCAACAAAAAUAAGGAGCGAGAGAAAAAGGACGCCAUUUACGCAGAAAUGUUGACGAACGCGCUCACCAGCGCGGCGGCCAUCGAACACGCCAAGAAGACCACAGACCACAUGGAAAAUAUACUAGACAUCAGAGAACACGACGUACCAUACCACGCUCGCGUAUCCAUCGACAUGAAGAUAUUCUGUGGCUCCUGGUAUACCAUCAAAAGCCGCGGCACGGAGACCCCGCUCUUCACCAAACGCGACGACAUCCUAGAACGCCCGGACCCCAUCGUGCUCGCCUUCGACAUAGAAACCACCAAGCUACCUCUCAAGUUCCCUGACUCGCAGACUGACCAGAUUAUGAUGAUCUACAUGAUAGACGGGCAAGGAUAUUUGAUAACGAAUAGAGAGAUCAUAUCGGUGGAUGUUGAGGAUUUUGAGUACACGCCUAAGCCUGAGUUUGAAGGGCAAUUCAUAAUAUUCAAUGAAGCAAACGAAAUGGCUUUGAUUCAGAAGUUCUUUGAUCACAUUAUGGACGUAAAACCACAUAUUUUUGUCACUUAUAACGGUGAUUUCUUCGACUGGCCGUUCGUGGAGGCCCGCGCGGCCAUACUGGGUCUGGAUAUGAAGCAGGAGAUCGGCUUCAGCAAGAUCGCCGCGCGCGACGGCACCUACGCGUGCCGCCCCGCCAUGCACAUGGAUUGUCUCUGUUGGGUGAAGCGAGACUCUUACCUGCCGGUGGGGUCCCAGGGUCUGAAGGCCGUGGCUAAAGCCAAGCUGCGCUACGACCCCGUGGAACUCGACCCUGAGGACAUGUGCCGCAUGGCUGCCGAGCAGCCGCAGGUGCUGUCAAACUACUCGGUGUCGGACGCCGUGGCCACGUAUUACUUGUACAUGAAGUACGUGCACCCCUUCAUAUUCGCUCUCUGCACGAUUAUCCCUUUGGAGCCAGAUGAGGUACUCCGUAAAGGCUCCGGCACACUCUGCGAGUCGCUGCUCAUGGUGGAAGCCUUCCACGCGAACAUCGUGUUCCCCAACAAGCAGGUGGAAGAGCUGAACAAGCUCACGGCUGACGGCCACCUGCUGGACGCGGAGACCUACGUCGGCGGGCACGUGGAGGCGCUCGAGUCAGGCGUUUUCCGCGCCGACAUAAAAUGCAAGUUCCGCGUCGAGCCCACAGCAGUCGACAAACUCAUCGAUACCAUAGACAAAACCAUGAAGCACGCCAUAGAGGUCGAAGAAGGCAUUCCUCUGUCUAUGGUCACCAACCUGGACGAGGUGGUUGCGGAGAUACGCGAGAAACUGCAGCACAUGAGGGACCAUCCGAGGAGAGAUGAGAACCCGUUGAUAUACCAUUUGGAUGUGGGCGCCAUGUACCCUAAUAUUAUUUUGACGAACAGAUUGUAUAGCCAAUAUCACCAAUAUCAAGCCUUCAAGACAAUCACAGUGCCGGCGACUCGUAGUGAGUACCAGCGCAUCCAGCAGCAGCUGGAGACGGAGAAGUUCCCGCCGCUGCACCCCGGCGGCCCGCCCCGCGCCUUCCACAACCUGCCCAAGGAAGACCAGGCUGCGUACGAGAAAAAGCGUUUAGCGGAUUACUGUAAGGUCGCGUAUAAGAAAACCAAAGUGACCAAGACAGAAGUACGGACUACCACCAUUUGUCAAAAGGAAAACUCCUUCUACGUCGACACCGUGCGAGCUUUCAGAGACCGUCGCUACGAAUACAAAGCCCUAAACAAACAAGCCAAAGCCAAAGUAGCAGAGGCGGUGGCGAGCGGCGACGCGGCCGAGAUCAAGUCCGCCAAGAGCCGGGAGGUGCUGUACGACUCGCUGCAGCUCGCGCACAAGUGCAUCCUCAACUCCUUCUACGGAUACGUGAUGCGGCGAGGAGCUCGUUGGCACAGUAUGGAGAUGGCGGGAAUCGUGUGUUACACUGGCGCCAACAUCAUUAUGAAGGCCCGGGAGAUCAUCGAGCAAGUCGGAAGGCCCUUGGAAUUGGACACUGACGGUAUUUGGUGUGUACUGCCAGCAUCUUUCCCUGAGAACGUGACGGUACUUACGACACAUCAGAAGAAGAAGAAGAUUAACGUGUCCUAUCCUAAUGCAGUUCUAAAUGCCAUGGUCAAGGACCACUUCACAAAUGACCAAUACUUCGAGCUGGUGGACCCCGUCACCAAGAAGUAUGAGCAACGCGCCGAAAACUCCAUCUUCUUUGAAGUGGACGGGCCUUACCUGGCGAUGGUGCUUCCGGCUUCGAAGGAAGAGGGCAAGAGGUUGAAGAAACGAUACGCUGUCUUUAAUUUUGACGGCUCUUUGGCCGAGUUGAAGGGUUUCGAAGUAAAACGGCGUGGAGAACUACAGCUAAUCAAAAUUUUCCAAUCAUCUGUGUUCGAGGCGUUUUUGAAGGGAAACGAUUUGAAGUCCUGCUACGCGUCUGUCGCCAAGGUGGCGGACUACUGGCUCGACGUGCUGUACAGCAAGGGUUCGAACAUGCCCGAUUCAGAGCUAUUCGAGCUUAUCUCCGAGAACCGAUCCAUGUCCAAAAAACUCGAGGACUACGGGGGACAGAAAUCAACGUCUAUAUCUACAGCGAAACGGCUUGCAGAGUUCUUAGGUGACCAGAUGGUGAAGGAUGCUGGGUUGGCCUGCAGGUUCAUAAUAUCGCGCAAGCCAGAAGGCGCGCCAGUCACCGAGCGGGCGAUCCCACUGGCCAUCUUCCAGUCUCCGCCCGGCGUCAAACGGCACCACCUGCGGCGCUGGCUCAAAGACAGCAGCGUCAGCGAACACAUCGACAUUAGAGACGUACUCGACUGGGCGUAUUAUAUCGAGCGACUGAGUGGUGCUAUACAGAAGAUUAUUACCAUUCCAGCUGCUAUGCAGGGGUUGGACAACCCGGUACCUCGCGUGCAGUACCCCGACUGGCUACACAAGAAAAUGCUAGCCAAGACCGACAAGUUCAAGACAAGGAAAAUCACGGACAUGUUCACCGCGCAGCCAAAGGAGAAACGGGACAAUACCAAUGAAAAUAAUGAUGGGAACGUGGAUACAGAAAUGGAUAUGGAGGAUAUCGGCAAAGAUGACACUCCUCGCCCGUCCCGGCCCAUGGUGACGGUGAAGCGAAAACGGGAAGAGUCGCCUGUGAAAGAAGCUGCCACCUGGCGGGAGGCUUUUGGCCCGCCUCCACCUUUUGGCACUACGCGGGAAGAACGAAGAGCUUGGAUAUUGUUCCAAAAGAAGAAAUGGAAAUGGCAGAUAGAGCAACGAAAGAUGUCCAACAGGAGUAAACGAGGUAGGAUGGAUAACGAGAGCUCCGUGUCGGCGCCCCGCAGCCUGGGCCCCGCGGCCACGCUCGGCAGCUUCAUCAAGCGCGCGCAGCGCACGCUACUCAACACGCCGUGGCAGAUCAUUCAGGUUCUUGAAACCUCAGAACCCGGUCUCUUCCGCCUCUGGGCCCUAGUGGGCAGCGACCUCCACCAGAUCAAGCUCACGGUCCCCCGCAUCUUCUACGUGAACAGCCGCGUGGCGCGAGACACCGACAGCGGCCAGCACUGGCGCAAGUGCAGCCGAGUACUGCCGCGGGCGCACCCAGUGCUGCACCUGUACCAGUACAGUGUGAGCGAGCAGCUCUACAGGGAGCAUCAGGAAGAGCUGAUAGCUGAGCUGUCGGCGCCCGAGAUUGAAGGCAUCUACGAGACGCAGAUGAGUCUCGAAUUCCGAGUACUAGUGCAGCUGGGCUGUAUAUGCACGGUGGACCCCGACGAGGCCAGACGACUUGUCCACCAAGGCUCGAACUCGGAUUCCUUCACACUGAGCCAACUGCAGUUCAAAAGCGUUGCUCAUCAACCAUACCUUCAGAAACAGAACGGCGUAGCCCCCCUAAAGCAUAUCUACCUAUACCAGCACUCCGCCCUGAACUCAACUCGCAGUAUGUGGGCGCUCGUGCUCGGGCCCACGAAGAAGGCGCUCGUCAUAGUGCAAGACUCCGUCAAGACCAACCAGGUGCCCAACAUGCACACGCUGCUAGCCGCCGAGACCGCUGCCAAAAUCAACCUGGGCACAGAGGAAAGUACCCUUCCGAGCACCGACCUGACCUGGGAAGUAGCGGUAGAGACGGAGCCCCGCGCAGUGUACAGGAGAAUAGGCCGCGCUCUACAACGGUACCGCGAGGAGCAUUCCGGGCCCACGCUGGUAGCGCUGCAGACUCUACAUAGCGUGCCGGCGCUACUCGCUUUAGUGCCUGGUCUAUCGGAGUUCCCCUUGGUGCCACUGCACGUGCGUGACGUUGAGACACUGUACAACACACUCGACUGGCAGCGUGUGGGCGCUCGCACCAUUGUACGGCACUACCUCAACCUGGAGUCCGUGCUCACUCUCACCGCGGAGCAGUGCAGCGUGUGGGCGCUCUACCGUGACGUUGAGACACUGUACAACACACUCGACUGGCAGCGUGUGGGCGCUCGCACCUUUGUACGCCACUACCUCAACCUGGAGUCCGUGCUCACUCUCACCGCGGAGCAGUGCAGAUAUUUCCACGUGCCGCUCGGCAACCUGCCGUCGGACCCGACGCUGUUCGGCGCGGACCUGUUCUACGCGCGGCACCUCGUCAAGCACAACUUCGUGCUGUGGGCCUCCAACCUGGAGCGCCCUGACUUAGGCGGCCGUGAGACUGAUGACAACAGACUAGUGACAGAAGUAGAAGAGCUAUCCGGCUGCACACACAACGCGUCAGGCGCGUAUGACUCUGUAUGCGUAGAACUGGAAAGCGACGCGUUAUGUGUGUGCGCGUUGUUGCAAGCGCACCACAUUCUACAGCAGGAGGGAACGAGCGUGACCACGGCGUUCAGCCGGACACAGCCAAAUGAUCCUAUGGGUGUGAACGCUUCGGUAGCCUACGACGAGACAGCUCAAUGCAGCGCCGCCUUCCGAGUGUUAAGGACGAUGAUCGCGUCCUGGCUUAGAGACGUCACAGUCUAUAAAAAUGUGUUUGCCGAUUACCAGAUAACGCACUUCUACAGAUGGCUGAAAACCCCCACAUCUCUUCUAUACGACCCUGCCCUUCGGCGGACGCUAUACGGACUUAUGAAAAAACUGUUUCUAAUGUUGGUAGCAGAGUUCAAGCGACUAGGGUCCGUUAUAGUGUACGCCGACUUCAACAAGAUACUGCUGUGCACUAAGAAGAAGUCCGUCUUGGAUGGCAUUGGUUACGUAGAGUUCGUAGUGCAGAGCAUACGAAACAAGGAGCUGUUCCAUGGCGUGGACAUCCGCUACAAGCAAUGCUGGAGCUACCUGCUGUGGCUGGACCCAGCUAAUCAAGCAGGCGUGCAGGGUAAAUUACCAGAGGGACUCGUCGAAGUUGGCUCGUCACAGUUACCUCCAGCGGAAGAGAAUGGAGAAGAUGAGGAGGGCAUGAUCGUGAUGAACUGGAACCUGGCGUUGUUCCUGCCUCGCGGAGUCCGCGAGCCGUUCGCGGCGGCCGUCAGCGGCUUCGUGGGCGCCGCCGCCGCGCAGCCCGACAACCUGCCCAACCUGCUCGCUGGCGAGAUCGCACAGAAACUGUUCCAGAGCGAUGACGAAAAGAUCCACACGCGCAUGCCGGUAUUGAAACCGAGCGACGUUGAGGUGCGACCGGGCCGGCGCGGCGCGCAGCACGCGCCCGCGCUGCAGUUCGUCAACGCGCUCUGCAAGGUCAUCUCACUAGACCCCAAGCUGGACGAGCAGAUAACGCUGGUCCGUCGCAAUCUGCUCCGACUAAUCGGGGUCGGAGAAUUCAGCGCCGCAGCCGAGUGGCGCGACCCCUGUGCUACAUGUGUGCUGACAGAGCUCAUCUGCAAGGUGUGCAACCACUGCCGCGACCUCGACCUGUGCCGCGAAACUGACAUCGCCACCGUGGACGACGUCCCUGUCUGCCUGUGUCCGACGUGCGGCGCCGCCUACGACAACCAGGAGCUGGAGUGGCGCCUCAUCGAGGCCAUGGAUCGGCGCGCGCUCGUCUACACAUUACAGGACCUGAUCUGCAGCCGCUGCCACCAGGUGAAACGCGAGAACUUGUCAACAGUGUGUGACUGCGCCGGGGACUUUGGUCCACUAGUGCCCGUGAAGGAGGUGCACUCACAGCUGGAAACCUUCAAGUCCAUAGCAGAGUACUACAAGAUGCCACUGCUGUUAGAACUAAUAGAUUUCCACCUUAAUAACAUGUGAUAUUUAAACAAUAUAAGUAUUAGUAAUAAUUUAAGGUUAAAUAAAAUUGUUUAUGUUUUUUAAA